AUAUUGCCAGAUUUUAGAAACGUUAAUGAAUUUGAGGCCAGCAAAUAGGACAUACUUUAUGAACGGUGGUAAAACACCAAACACUCUUCAUUAGGACCUACUGACGUCAUAUUAUAUUAUAAGUCUGAAAAAUAUACCCUACAUUCAACUCUAAACCUCAUAUUUGGCAUAUUUUUCGGACAAACAUUUCCUCUUAGAAAAGGAACUCAAAUUUAAAUUCGUCAGCCAUGCUCAGCUUUUUGGCCAAGAGGAUUGUGUGGAUGCCCAGUGCUCCGGGGCUCAGUAAGUUCCGUCGGACUUUCCACCUCACCGCUCUGUUGGCGAAAAAGGACAUGAGAUUAUGUCCUGAGAGUCCGGUGCCCGACUGCAAGGUCGUUAAUAAGCGGCCGUGCAGUCCCACGGAUCCGCCUGUUCGUCCUUGCAGCGAGGAGGACUGCUCGCAUCCUAGGUACCCAUGUUGCGUGAACACCAGAAUCGCAGGAAAUCCGUGCAGCGAGUCCAGCCAAAAGUCCGGGUCCAGGAAAGUCCGCCAGCCCUUCGUCUCCAUGUGGGGGGACUACAAGGACAAGAGGUACGACCGCCCCGAGACCUUGUGGCACUAUCCGGAGGAGUGCUGUCCGCCGUGCGGGGACGUCCGCUUCGACGUGCUCUACUACAAACCCUCGGACAAAUGCCGGGAAUACCAGCGCACCUGGUGGGAGUGCUGUCCGCGGAUGGUCCCGAGGCGGGUGUGCUGCUGGUGCGACGCCAUACCGCCGCAGGUCCUGCGCCGGAACCUGCCCCUCUGCCCGCGAACCGCUUGUCUCCAGGAUCACGAUAAGAAGCGCUACAAGUGCCUGAACGAGAAGUCCAAAGGCUGCACGCGCUUCCGCAUGCCGUGCUGUCGAACAGCCCGAAAUCCACCCGACUGCACGGCGUACCCUCCGCCUUCCGACUGCGAGAAGAUCAAGUGCCCAUUCCCGAGUUAUUCCGAAUGUCUCCAAGAGGAUCCUGCCGAGAUCCCAAGCCGUCCGCCCGAGUGUGAGUGCCUCUCAAAGCCGUCCAUUUGCGACCAGUUUCGACGUGCCAAUCACUUGAGCAAACAUGACAUCAUCUGGCCCUGUUGUCGCCGCAGCCCAUGAAG